GAAACAAGUUGAACGCUUAUAAUAAACCUCUUUCAUUACUUACUGUAUAUAAAGAGCAGCAGCUGUCGGAUGGUACCCACGUAUCAAGUAUCUUUGUUCAGUGUCGCUUUGAUUUAAAAAAAAAAAUCUAAGGAACCUUAUUUGUUGUAGUUCAAAUUGGUAUAUAAGGCCAAAUUUGAGUAAACCUCUGGCUGUAAGGCUAUCUGAAGAACUACUCAAAAAGGUGUCACAUGUUUGUAUAAUGCCGUCUUCUAACCUGUCAUCAUAGAAAUACAAUUACAAGAUGGCGAGUAAUUCUGGAAACCACAGGCUCACUGCUUCUAGUCAGGCACGAGCUAUGUCGAUAGUGCAACCCUCUGUCAUGUGACACCAACUCCAGCUCUCACUUCCGGUACUGAGAGUUAAAAUAAGUUGGACGAAAAUCUCAGAGAAGUUUCCCCCUGCAGCAGUUUUCACGGCAGAAGCCACAUCGAAUUAACCGGAACAUAUAGUUGGCAUUUCGUGGAUUUGCGAGUGAAGUCAAACCGCUUCGCUUUUGGGUAGGAAUUGUUUAAAAGCGGAACAUGUCGACGAAUGCUUUGUACAACGACCAAGGAGGAGCGGAGGCUGCCGUGGAGGCUGGCCAGGAGAGCACCCCGGCUGCCACCGCCUCCUCCACCACCGGGGCAGCCUUCGGGCUUUUCAGCGCUGACUUCAAAAAGAAUGAAGACCUUAAAGAAAUGCUGGAGAGCAACAAGGAAUCGCUGAAACUGGAGGCCAUGAAAAGGAUCGUUGGGCUGAUCGCCAAAGGAAAGAAUGCAUCUGAGCUGUUCCCCGCCGUGGUGAAGAACGUGGCGAGUAAGAACAUUGAGCUGAAGAAGCUGUUGUAUGUGUACCUGGUGAGGUACGCCGAAGAGCAGCAGGACCUGGCUCUGCUCUCCAUCAGCACUUUCCAGCGGGCCCUGAAGGAUCCAAACCAGCUCAUCCGGGCCAGCGCGUUGAGGGUCCUGUCUAGCAUCCGGGUGCCCAUCAUCGUCCCCAUCAUGAUGCUGGCCAUCAAGGAGGCUGCGUCGGACUUGUCCCCCUACGUUAGAAAGACGUCUGCCCAUGCUAUCCAGAAGCUUUACAGCCUUGAUCCCGAGCAGAAGGAGCAGCUGAUUGAAGUGAUUGAGAAGCUGUUAAAGGACAAAAGUACACUCGUGGCGGGUAGCGUGGUGAUGGCCUUCGAGGAGGUGUGCCCGGAUCGCAUCGACCUGAUCCACAAGAACUACCGCAAGCUGUGCAACCUGCUGGUGGACGUAGAGGAGUGGGGGCAGGUGGUCAUCAUCUCCAUGCUGACGCGCUACGCCCGGACGCAGUUCAUCAGUCCCUGGAAGGAGGGCGCCGUGUUUGAUGAAAACGACGUGAAGACCUUCUACGACUCGGACUCGGAGGAGAAGCGGUGCCAGACGGACGCCAAGCCGUACAUCAUGGACCCGGAUCACCGGCUGCUGCUCAGGAACACCAAACCGCUGCUGCAGAGCCGCAACACAGCGGUGGUGAUGUCGGUGGCUCAGCUCUACUGGCACCUGGCGCCGAAACAGGAAGUCGGCGUCGUCACCAAGUCGCUGGUGCGGCUGCUCAGAAGCCACAGGGAGGUGCAGUACGUGGUCCUCCAGAACAUCGCCACCAUGUCCAUUCAGAGGAAGCAGGGGAUGUUCGAGCCCUUCAUGAAGAGCUUCUAUGUCAGAUCCACAGACACCACGCACAUCAAAACACUGAAGUUGGAGAUUCUGACCAACCUGGCAAAUGAGGCCAACAUCUCCACCAUCCUGAGGGAGUUUCAGACGUACGUGAAGAGCCAGGACAAGGCCUUCGCGGCGGCCACCAUCCAAGCAAUCGGCCGGUGUGCCACGAACAUCUCGGAGGUGACGGACACCUGCCUCAACGGCCUGGUGCUGCUGCUGUCCAACAGAGACGAGGGCGUGGUGGCGGAGAGCGUGGUGGUGAUCCGCAGGCUGCUGCAGACCCAGCCCACCCAGCACAGCGAGAUCAUCAAGCACAUGGCCAAGCUUUUUGACAAAAUCACCGUGUCCACAGCCCGGGCCAGCAUCCUGUGGCUGAUGGGCGAGUACUGCGAGAGGGUGCCCAGGAUCGCACCCGACGUGCUGCGGAAGAUUGCAAAUACCUUCACCGCCGAGGAGGACAUCGUGAAGCUGCAGGCCGUCAACCUGGCGGCCAAGCUGUACCUGACCAACUCCAAGCAGACCAAGCUGCUGACCCAGUACAUCCUCAACCUGGGCAAGUAUGACCAGAGCUACGACAUCAGGGAUCGCACCCGCUUCAUACGGCAGCUGAUCGUGCCGAGCGACAAGAGCGGCGCCCUCAACAAGUACGCCCGCCGCAUCCUGUUGGCGCCCAAACCGGCCCCAGUGCUGGAAUCAGCCUUCAAAGAUCGAGAUCGUUAUCAGCUGGGAACGCUGUCUCACAGCCUCAACAGCAAAGCCGCCGGCUACCAGGAGCUCUCGGACUGGCCGACUGUGGCUCCCGACCAGUCUGUGAGGAACGUGGAGGUCAUCGAGCCAGUGAACGAGUGGGCGGCGCUCGUCGGGAAGUCCAAGCCACCGGCAUCAGAUGACAAGUUCUACUCUGAUGAGGAGGACGACAAAAAGGAGCAAACGUCUGGCAGCAGCGACGAUGACGGCAGCAGCAGUAGUACUAGUAGUAGUACUAGUAGCAGCAGCAGCGAAGAGUCCGGCAGCGCCAGUGAGGAGGAGGAGGACAGCAGCGACGAGUUCGACAAGAGCUCCACUGAUUCCGGGAAGAGUUCAGGUCAAUCCAGCGACUCAGAGUCUGAACAAAAGAAGACGACAAACAAAAACACACAGAAAGUGCAAGCAGAGAAACGAACGCACAAUCACGCUGACAGCGACUCUGAUGAAAACGCCGAGCGACCCAUGGCCAAAGCCAGCAGCUCGUCGUCCGAAAGCGCCACGUCUGAUAGCGACUCCGACUCUGAACAGGACUCGGCGGCGAAGCAGAAGAGGAAGAGCAAUGUCAAGUCCAAACCCAAGGUGGAGAAGAAGUCCAAGAUGGAGGUGUCCUUACUGGAUCUGGACGACUUUUCCCCAACUCCAGCAAACACAGUGAAGUCCUCGGUGGUCUCUCCCAGCUUGCUGUCGGACCUGGAAGGUCUCUCUCUCUCCGGCAUCGCCCCCACCAUGCAGGUGGCAACUCCUACUUUCGGGCUGGUGAAAACCUUGGAGCUGCUCCACCACAUGACGGGGAAAGGCCUGUCGGCCAAGUACCAUUUCCCCAGGCAGCCCUGCCUGUACCAGCCCAGCAUGGUGGCAGUGCAGGUCACGCUGACCAACUGCUCAGACCGCAGUCUGGAGGAGAUCCACAUCGGGGAGAGGAGCCCCGCCAGCCUUAAAAUUCACUGUUUCAACACCGUGGAGCGUUUGGAGCCAGAGGCCUCCGUGACGGUUUCCAUGGGCGUCGACUUCAGCGACUCCACGCAGGCGGCCAACUUUGAGCUGUGCACCAAAGAGGACCGGUUCUGCGUUUUCAUCCAGCCUGCAGUCGGGGAGCUGCUGAUGCCCUGCAGCCUCACGGAGCAGGACUUCUGCAAGGAGCAAGGUAAGCUUCUGGGCAUGAAUGAGACCUCGGCGACCGUCGCCAUGGCAACGUCCAACACAUCCAGCCAGGCCAUCACCAAGCGGGUCCUGUCGGUGGCCAACGUGGGCGUGGUGGCGUCCUCGGAGGGCCGCCUACACAGGUUUGCGGGUCAGACGGUGAGCAGCCAAGUUCUGGUGCUGGUCCAGCUGGAGAUGAAGGACUCGUCUGGCGGCCUGCUGACCAUCAGCACGGAGAAGAGCGUCAUGGCGUCCAUGUUGCUCCGAGACCUCAAGCAAGCCCUGGCUCAGGCGUAGGCAGACAGGCAAAGCUCAUCACUACUUUUUCUCAUUCCUUUUUUUCCACUCCUGCACCCCAGGGUGCACACAGCCUGGUCCCAGCCAAAUGUAUUGUUGUUAGUGUUAUUAUGGUCUGUCGCUGUAAAGUGGAAAACACACUCUUGUUUCUCGUACAUUUCAGGACUUUAGUGCUGAUUUGACUUCCUUAAGGUGCCUUCCCAGCAGCAGUCAUUAAAAAAAACAACAUUGGUUGAAACAUUUUACUCAAAGCUCCUCAUUUGGAAUCACCAACACCUCAUUGAGUCACCAGAGUGACGCGUACACGCACAAGAUGACAGCGCAGCCUUUCCUUUCCUUUCCUUUCCAUCCAAACACAACACCAACGCUCCAGCUUUUCCUUCCAAAUGCACGAGCGAGCGCACGCUGGCGUCGUGCUGAUGGAAAGGUUUGGUCCCGGCAAAGCGAGGGCGGCCGUGGCUAACACCUGUUAGCUCAUCCGUCACGCCCGCUCUGCUCGCAUCCGUCACCUCCGCCGCUCUGCUGGUUUCCACAGCCAGCUGUUCACAUUUCACACACACACACACACACACACACACGAGCGCCAUGAAGCUUUCCAAGUCAUGUGACUAAACCAUCAAGUCAACACUGGAACAUAAUCUUCAAAAAGUAGAAAUAUAUGUGCAAAUAUACAGUACUGUAUGUCUUACUAGUAUGUAGUUAUAUAGUCUUAUAUGUGGUAUAAAAUAUACGUAGGCCACACUUUUUCCUCCAGCGAGGGGGGGCACAAUGAAAGGGUGCAACUUUGCCACUUUGAUGUUUUGAUCAAAUCGGUGUUGAUUUCAAGAAAAAAGUACAUCUGAGCUUCGUCAUGGAAGCAAACUGCUACUAUUUUCUUCCCCAUAAAAUGACGAGUUUAUUCUGGUAAAAUUGCGCCUUUUUUGCCCUCAUUCGAUGACCACAUUUUUGUCUGAAUAUUUUGACUUUAUUCUGGUAAAAUUACUGCUUUUUUUUCCCUCCAGAGACAGGAGGGAAAAAAUGUAAAGAUUGGACGGGAAGUCUGUGAGGGGGGAGGCUUGUCCCAAAAAUUACAACUUUAUUCUUUGUUUUGUUUGUUUCUCAUAAAUUCUUUUUAAUAUUCUUUUUUUUUUUAAUAAGAUCUUUCCUUUGAUAUUUCAAGUCUAUGCAAAUUUAUUUUUUGUAAAAUUGCGACCUUUUUUUUUGGAAUACAACUUUUUUUCUUUUAUCGUUUGGACUUUAUUCUUGGAAAAGUUCUGCUGUUUUUCUCCAUUUCUGCUGCUGCUGUUUUCAAAAUAUAAUUUUACAAAUAUUUCAGUUUUCCACUCUUAAUGUUAUGACCUUAUUUUUGUCACAUUAUAACUUUUUCCCAUUUUGCAAUCUGCCGUCCAAAGGCGAGCACGUUGUUUUUCUCUUCAAGUAGUGUGAUGUCACCAGCUGUCAGUCAUCCCUCACCACUUUCACUUUCAGUACGGCCUAUUAUUAAAACCAAACAGUGUGCGUUUUUAAGCAAACUGUUGGCCUUUCAUGCAUAAAAAUAGAAAAGUGAAGUAAAGCGCAAACAUAAGGCAUUCAGAAGACACGCUCGUUGUGAUGUGUCGUAUUCUACACUGGUCACGAGGUGUCACGAGGUGUCACGAAUGUUACGUUGAUGAGACAAUAGCUGCCAAAGUCAAAAAUGAACAAGGAACUCCCCCAAUGCUAACAUGUCUUAUUUAUGUCUUAUUAUGUCUACUGUAUUGGGUGUGUAUAUAUAUAUAUAUAUAUAUAUAUAUAUUUUAAUAGGAGUGUAAAGGUGACUAUAGGGGUGUUAUUUCAUGUCUAGAGGGCUCUAAUCAUGUUUAAAAAAACAACAUAUUUAGAAGGUGGUAAACAGGUUUUGUGUGCCCUAACUACCGAAAUAUUCCAUUUCUAAGUAAGGAAUCCUACUUGGCGUAAAUUUGUUUUGCCGUGAUAAACGAGGGAUUACUGUGCAGCACGACGGACGCAAACGAGCGCUGCCUCUUGAGCGUAGUCUUGUCUAUUCAUGUUUGCAAUUGCUGCACAGUUGUGAGAUUAUGCUAAUGUGCUUCUUCUUUUUGUCGUAUUUUUCAAAAUAAUCACGUAAUCUGCUGAUUGUUUGCUUUCAGUCCUGUUGUCAUGCGCUGCUGCUUUUAUAAAAAUCAUCAUUUAAAUAAACCA